UGCGGCCCAUCUCACUCGCGAACUCGCCCUUUUUUUCUCAAUUCACGCAGGUACCACUCAACCACCCAUUCUUCUCAGCUCAAGCCCCCGAUUCCUUCACUGUCAUCACCUCUCAGCUCAGGUCGCCACGCUCGCUGCAGCAUAGGACGCAUUACGAUUGGAGCUCACAUAAUCAUCCUUCCCGCACAGGUUUUCUUUUUUUCGGUCAGAGAACUACAAUGGUAGGAAUCUGACGAAUUUCUUGUUCUUUUGGCAUUGAUUUCCUUUCCCUAUCCUUGCUGAAGUUCUGGUGGGAAAAAAUGCCUGGCACAGCAAUCUUGCCUCUUCCAGCACCUCCUCCUAGCGGAGACAGCUCUGCUUCCCCUUCUCAAGUGUUAGAACAGCAGUCAUCUAAGGAAGAUAAAACAGCAAGUGAUGACCAGAACAAAGCCCCGGUUGCAACCCACACAAGAACUAUUGGAAUCAUUCAUCCUCCUCCGGAUAUUAGGAAUAUUGUAGACAAAACUGCACAGUUUGUUGCAAAAAAUGGACCUGAGUUUGAAAAAAGGAUCAUUGCCAAUAAUGCUAACAAUGCCAAGUUCAAUUUUUUGAAUCCCUCAGAUCCAUACCAUGCAUACUAUCAACAUCAUUUAUCUGAAUUUCGUGCACUGAAUCAAUCUUCUGCUCAGCAGCCUCCUUCACAACCUUCAGAUUCUGAUGCCACUGAGUCAACCCCGUCUGCUCCUGUUACUGAUGCCACUGACACUGCUCCAAGGCCUGACCCCACAGCCCAGUUUAGACCACCUCCUCGUAAAGUUCUUGAACCCCCAGAAGCUGAGCAGUAUACCAUUCGGCUUCCUGAGGGGAUCACUGGAGAGGAACUUGAUAUUAUUAAGCUCACAGCCCAGUUUGUGGCUCGAAAUGGCCAAGCUUUCUUGACUGGUCUGACAAAUAGGGAGAUGAACAAUCCUCAGUUCCACUUUUUGAAGCCAACUCACAGCAUGUUCACAUUUUUUACCGGACUGGCUGAUGCAUACUCAAAAGUGUUGAUGCCUCCUAAGGGGUUGACUGAGAAGCUGACAAAAAGUGCUGCUGAUAUGACCACUGUGCUUGAACGGUGCUUGCAUCGCUUGGAGUGGGAACACUCGCAGGAGCAGGCAAGGCAGAAAGCUGAGGAUGAGAUUGAGCAAGAGAGGAUUCAAAUGGCCAUGAUUGAUUGGCAUGAUUUUGUAGCAGUCGAGACAAUAGACUUUGCAGAUGAUGAGGAUGAGGACUUGCCCCCUCCUAUGACCCUUGAGGAGGUUAUAAGGAGGAGCAAGGUAUCUGCCAUGGUUGAAGAUGAAAUCAUUGAGCCUGGAAAGGAGGUGGAAAUGGAAAUGGAUGAAGAAGAGGUGCAACUUGUUGAGGAAGGAAUGAGGGCAACGAGUCUUGAAGAGAAUGAUAGUGAGAAGAAAUUCACCAAGGCUAAUGAGGAACCAGAAGAACCAAUGAGAAUUGUGAAGAACUGGAAGAGGCCUGAGGAAAGGAUCCCUGUUGAAAGGGACCCAACAAAGGUUGGGGUUUCCCCUAUCACCGGUGAGCUAAUUCCCAUUAAUGAGAUGUCUGAGCAUAUGAGGAUUUCUCUAAUCGAUCCCAAGUACAAGGAACAAAAGGAAAGGAUGUUUGCAAAAAUCCGGGAAACAACUCUUGCUCAGGAUGAUGAAAUCUCUAGAAACAUUGUCGGACUUGCACGGACUCGUCCUGAUAUCUUUGGUACAACCGAAGAAGAAGUUUCUAAUGCAGUUAAGGCAGAGAUUGAGAAGAAGAAAGAUGAGCAACCAAAGCAGGUCAUAUGGGAUGGUCACACAGGAAGCAUUGGCCGUACAGCAAACCAAGCUAUGUCUCAAAUUGUUAAUGGGGAGGAUCAAAGUGAAGCUGGUAUCGAUGAUGCAAGGAGCCUUCCUGGUCCUGCAGCUCCUCCUCCUCGACCUGGUGUGCCUUCAGUUCGUCCCUUACCUCCACCACCAGGACUAGCAUUGAAUCUACCUCGCAUGCCUCCAAAUACCAUCCAAUACUCUGCUCCAACUAGUGGUGCAUUUCCUGUACCUCCACCAAGGCCACCAGGUAUGCCAAUGAUUCCAUCAAUUCGCCCUAUUCAGGCUCCAGUGCCAUUAGCACCUGGACAGCAGACCAUUAUGGUGAAUCGGCCACUUUCAAUGCCUCCAUCUAUAUCUGGAAAUCCACCGAGCAUGCCAGUUCCGCCUCCACCUGGGUCUCAGUUUACUCCUGUGCCAAUUCCUCGACCUUUUGUCCCUCUUCCUGUCCCUUCAUCAGCAAUUGGUAUGAUGCCACCACCACCACCUUUGCCUCAAGGAGUGCCUCCACCACCUCCACCUGAGGAUGCUCCUCCACCACUUCCAGAUGAACCAGAGCCCAAGAGACAGAAGCUUGAUUCUAUGCUUAUUCCAGAAGAUCAGUUUCUUGCACAACAUCCGCAGGGACCUGUAUGCAUCACUGUUUCUGUUCCGAAUGUUGAUGAAGGAAAUCUGAAAGGGCAAGUUCUGGAGAUCACAAUGCAGUCCUUAUCUGAAACUGUUGGCAGCCUGAAAGAGAAAAUUGCUGGAGAGAUCCAACUUCCUGCAAACAAACAGAAAUUGAGUGGAAAAGCUGGUUUCUUGAAGGAUAAUAUGUCACUUGCCUACUACAACAUUGGAGCAGGAGAGGCACUGUCUCUUUCUUUGAGAGAGCGUGGUGGUAGAAAGAGAUGAAGGUUUUACUUGACACAGCCAUUUAAGUAGAAGCGGGGGUGUAUGCAAUGGGAAAAGGGGGAAGAAAUGGAACAAAUGGUAGGAGGAGGAGGAGGAGAAUUAAGGGGAAGAGAGAAUUUAGGAAGAAAGUAUUCUUGUAUUACCUGAUUGAUAUCUAAAGAUUACAAUUCAAUUUUCUAUUUACUAGUACAUGUAUGACAAUUAUAACGUUACCCUCCCCUUUGAAACCAUUAUUGUCUCGAUAAUGGAUAGUAGAAAGAUCAUCCUAGCAGCAUUUUGAAUGUGAA